GGCGGGGGGGGGGGGACAAGCUCGCGCGCGCUGGCCCCGGGUGACAGCCGCACACCUCGGCCAGGAUCUGAGGGAUGAGCUAUGUCCCCACCGAGGCUCCCUGCGCCCACAGGCGUGUAGCGUGGCCUGAGGAGCCGGACCUGCACGGAAGGCUGGCAGAAAUGGGCUCCUGGCAGAGGCCGGGGCACUCAGUGGCAGCAAGGAGGAGAGGCCUGGGCGUCCGGAGCAGGGCCGAGCCACGGCAGCCGGGGAGCGCGUGAAGCCCACCAUGGUCCAGAGGCUGUGGGCCGGCCGCCUGCUGCGGCACCGGAAAGCCCAGCUCCUGCUGGUCAACCUGCUGACCUUCGGUCUGGAAGUAUGCCUGGCCGCCGGCAUCACCUACGUGCCACCCUUGCUGCUGGAGGUGGGGGUCGAGGAGAAGUUCAUGACCAUGGUGCUCGGCAUUGGUCCAGUGCUGGGCCUCAUCUCGGUCCCACUCCUAGGCUCGGCCAGUGACCACUGGCGUGGGCGCUAUGGUCGCCGGAGGCCCUUCAUAUGGGCCCUGUCCCUGGGCGUCCUCCUGAGCCUCUUCCUCAUCCCGAGGGCCGGCUGGCUGGCGGGGCUGCUGUGCCCGGACGCCAGGCCCCUGGAGCUAGCCCUGCUGAUCCUGGGCGUGGGGCUGCUGGACUUCUGCGGCCAGGUGUGCUUCACCCCACUGGAGGCCCUGCUCUCCGACCUCUUCCGGGACCCAGACCACUGUCGCCAGGCCUUCUCCGUCUACGCCUUCAUGAUCAGCCUUGGGGGCUGCCUGGGCUACCUCCUGCCCGCGAUCGACUGGGACGCCAGCGCCCUGGCCCCCUACCUGGGCACCCAGGAGGAGUGCCUCUUCGGCCUGCUCACUGUCAUCUUCCUCACCUGCGUGGCGGCCACGCUGUUUGUGGCCGAGGAGGCCGCGCUGGGUCCGGCUGAGCCGGCGGAAGGGCUGGCUGUCCCCCCGGGCCCCAACUGCUGCCCGUGCCACACCCGCCUGGCUUUCCGGAGCCUGGGCGCCCUGUUUCCCCGGCUGCACCAGCUCUGCUGCCGUGUGCCUCGCACCCUGCGCAGGCUCUUUGUGGCCGAGCUGUGCAGCUGGAUGGCUUUCAUGACCUUCACGCUGUUCUACACGGACUUUGUGGGCGAGGGGCUGUACCAGGGUGUGCCCCGGGCUGAGCCGGGCACCGAGGCCCGGAGACACUAUGAUGAAGGGGUCCGGAUGGGCAGCCUGGGGCUGUUCCUGCAGUGCGCAGUGUCCCUGCUCUUCUCACUGGUCAUGGACCGGCUGGUGCAGCGAUUCGGCACCCGGGCCGUCUAUCUGGCCAGCGUGGUGGCCUUCCCCGUGGCUGCCGGCACCAUGUGCCUGUCCCGCAGCGUGGCCGUGGUGACUGCAUCGGCUGCCCUCACCGGCUUCACCUUCUCCGCCCUGCAGAUCCUGCCCUACACGCUGGCCUCCCUCUACCACCGGGAGAAGCAGGUUUUCCUGCCCAAAUACCGAGGAGAUGCCGGAAGCAGUGCCAGUGAGGACAGCCUGAUGCCCAGCUUUCCACCUGGCCCCAAGCCCGGAUCUCCCUUCCCCAAUGGACACAUGGGUGCUGGAGGCGGCGGCCUCCUCCCUACUUCACCUGUGCUCUGUGGGGCCUCUGCCUGCGACGUCUCCAUGCGGGUGGUGGUGGGCGAGCCGCCUGAGACCAGGGUCAUCCCAGGCCGGGGCAUUUGCCUGGACCUUGCCAUCCUGGACAGUGCAUUCCUGCUGUCGCAGGUGGCCCCGUCCCUGUUUAUGGGCUCCAUUGUUCAGCUCAGCCAGUCUGUCACUGCCUACAUGGUGUCGGCUGCGGGCCUUGGUUUUGUGGCCAUUUAUUUUGCUACACAGGUGGUAUUUGACAAGAGCGACUUGACCAAAUACUCUGUGUAGAGUCCCUGUGACCCACUGAGGGUCACCACUGAGGACCCUGCCUCCCUGGGUCCCAACCCCUCCCCCACCCCCCACAGCGGAUCCAGUUGGCCCCCUGGGGGGGCCUUCCAGUUUGUCCCUGCCAAAGUGGUGUGGCUCUCUGCUGCCACCCCGUGGGGGUGAGGUGCAGAGCUGCAUAGGUAGGGGACUGGGGCUUCUCUCUCUCUCUCUCUCUCCAGUCUUCCGGGCUGGCUGACUGUUGGUCCAAACGGGCUUCAGUCUGGAUUUCUCCAGGGAGGCCAGAAGGGUCGGGCAUUUCCUUAGCUCCGUGCACUGGAAUGUGGGACUCUGCAGGGAGAUGACCCAGGCAGGGUUAACUGCUAGUGUCCUGGUCAAGACAUACCCAGAGAAGGGAUUUGGAGAGCUCAGUAACCUCGACCACCUGGUCUUUCAUCUCCAAGCCCUCUUAUCCCAUAGAUUCCUUUGAUGUUGUCUUGCAUGGAAGUUUCUAGUAUGAAACUCCUCUGCAGGAUUUGAGACUAUGAAAGUUAUUUGUGGGGAGAGAGGAAGCCGCCUGGCCGCAUGGCACUGCCUUCUCCCAUUCCCCCAACAACUACAUUUGAUCAGGACAUGGCUUGUUGGCCCCUAUGUUGCCAUCAUAGGGACACAGGCCUUUAAAUAUUUAACUUAUUUAUUUAACUAAGUAGAGGGGAAUCAAUUCCCAGCUCUGCCAUCUCGGUGUCUCAGAGGUGAGAUCGCCAGUGGGCCCCGGGAGGCAGCUGGUUUAUCGGGCUGAGCAUUGCCAGAAUCAUCUUCCCUUGGGUGAUCAGUCUGGCCCUAAAACUGCCUAAUCCAGGAGCUUGGAAGCUCUGCUUACCCAGCUGAUAUCCCAAAUCAUGUUACCCAAGACUGGGGGAGCUGGGAGUGAGUGAAGGGGGGGGUGCUCCGGGUCUCAGCAGCCUCCCUAGCCUCCCCUCCUUUCUUGGCCCAGCCGGCCCCCCACCCCCACUCCCCUCUGCUCUCUCCAGGGCUGGACUGAUGAAGGAGCUGCCCACCCCUCCACCCCCUUUCCCCACUGACUCCACAACCCUCUCCCUGGGGCUGUUCCAGGAUAGGAAGCACAGAGUGUGGCUCCUCGAGCUUUUAUCCGUACCAGCCCCCAGGGCAUAUCCGUGCUUGGGGAAUCUCGCACGGAAACUCAGGAGUACUCCCUGCCUGGGCUAAGGAGGUCUUAUCUCUGGGGGGUUUAAGUGCCGUUUGCAAUAAUGUUAUGUCUUAUUUAUUUAGUGGAGUAAAUAUUUUAUACUGUUUGUGAGCAAUCAGAGUAUAAUGUUUAUGGUGAUGAAAUUAAAGGCUUCUUAUAUGUUUCA